AUGGCCGUUAGCCUGUCCACAUUUUGUCAGCAUCAACCAUCUACCGGCGUCUCCACUGCACCAGCAACAGCUGCCACCACUGCCAUUGCCCCGGCACCACCACGAUUUUAUCGAAAUGGCAACAGUUACUAUCCAAUCAACACCCAGUUACGCCUGCCACGGCCUCCUGCUAAGAAACGAAACAAGCAUAAGUGGUAUAAUUUCACGCCUCGUCGUGAACAACAGGUGGUUCCUGAAGAGGAAAAAGUUUCCGUGGUUGCUGAGACAGUCAACGUCACUGGACAGACUAGUGCUCAACAAUUUAAGGUCCCUCCUUGCCGAUUGUCAGAAGAUCUUUCGGCACUUUUCGAGAGUAAACAGUUCAGUGAUUGUACAUUAGUGGCGACCUGUAAAUCAAAUGGACCUCAAACGUUCCAUGUAAAUAGCUUCGAAGUACGACGGUACAUUAUGGAUGAAGGUCAAUUUCGACGAUUUGUUAGAGUGCACAUACGCGGUCCUAGCGGCACGAUCGGUGUAUUCCAUGCAAUGUUCGAGCACAAUAUGACGGAAUCGGAGCGGAAUGAGGUCGCGAUCGACGAUGUCGAACCCGAUGUGAGUGCAAAAUUAAAUUCAAUGCCGACGUUGACUUUGUCACUAUCGUGA